AACCAAGGCUGGUUUUUGUCUAUAUCCAAAUUCCAAACACUUAAAAAUAACAAAAGUAUUUAUUAUAAGUGGUUUCUCUGUUCACAAAACUAAUACUGGUUUGAUCAAAUCGACCAGUUCAUGAAAGAGUCAAAAAGAAAAGUGAUCUCUUGGGGAAAUAGAGAAGGGAUUUUUUAUUGAGAAAUGGGGUCAGUUUGGUUUCUUCAGUUUGUGGUGGUUUUUGGUGUUGUGGGAUUUUUUUGUGAUGGUUUGGUAGUUAGUGGCAGUUAUGUGAAGUAUAAUACUAGUAGUGGCAUUGUGGAGGGGAAGUUGAAUGUGCAUUUGGUGCCUCAUUCUCAUGACGAUGUGGGUUGGUUGAAGACCGUCGAUCAGUACUAUGUCGGAGCUAACAACAGUAUUCAGGGAGCUUGCGUUGAGAAUGUGCUGGACUCGGUCGUGGAAUCGCUGCGGCGUGAUCCGAAUAGGAAGUUUGUGUUUGCUGAGAUGGCUUUUUUUCAAAGAUGGUGGACAGAACAAAGCUUCGAGACGCAAGAACAAGUGAGGAAACUUGUAGAUGAUGGGCGUUUGGAGUUUAUAAAUGGAGGUUGGUGCAUGCAUGAUGAAGCGACAUGCCACUACAUAGACAUGAUUGACCAAACGACACUAGGCCAUAGUUACAUAAAAAAGCAGUUUAAUAAGGUCCCUCGUGCUGGUUGGCAAAUUGAUCCCUUUGGCCACUCUGCUGUCCAAGCUUACCUUCUUAGUGCUGAGGUUGGAUUUGAAUCUGUACAUUUUGCAAGGAUUGAUUAUCAGGACAGAGCAAAGAGGAAAGGAGACAAGUCACUCGAAGUUAUAUGGCGUGGCUCGAAAACUUUUGGCUCUUCUUCUCAGAUUUUUACCAAUGCAUUUCCUGUUCACUAUAGUCCUCCCAAUGGCUUCCAUUUUGAAGUGAACGAUGACUUUGUCCCUGUCCAGGAUAAUUCUCUUCUUUAUGGCUACAAUGUUGAGACCCGGGUUCAAAAUUUUGUUGAUGCUGCCAAUGCCCAAGCUAAUGUGACAAGGACAAACCACAUCAUGUGGACAAUGGGUGAUGAUUUCCAAUACCAGUAUGCUGAUUCUUGGUUCAAACAAAUGGAUAAAUUGAUACAUUAUGUUAACAAGGAUGGCCGGGUUAAUGCUUUGUACUCCACACCAUCUCUCUACACUGAUGCUAAAUAUGCAGCCAACGAGACAUGGCCACUGAAAACCGAUGAUUACUUCCCGUAUGCAGAUAGCCAAAAUGCUUACUGGACUGGAUUCUUCACUAGCCGAGCUGCUUUGAAGGGAUAUGUUCGGAUUCUGGGUGGAUAUUAUCUGGCGGCAAGGCAACUCGAGUUCCUGGUUGGGAACAGAUCCAAAGGCCCGAACACUUUCAGCCUCGGAGAUGCUUUAGGGAUUCUACAGCACCAUGAUGCAGUCACUGGCACGGCCAAGCAACAUACAACGAACGACUACGCCAAGCGCCUCUUUAUCGGUGCCUCUGAGUCAGAGAUUGUGGUUAAUUCUGCUCUUACAUGCUUAGCUAAGAAGAAAUCAGGAGGUCAAUGUGAAGUUCAAGAAUCUACAUUUUCCCAGUGUCGAUUGCUGAAUAUCAGUUACUGCCCACCAACAGAAGAAGACAUUACACAAGGGAAGAGUUUGAUUGUAGUGGCAUAUAACUCUCUUGGGUGGCGUCGUACCGACGUUGUUAGAAUACCGGUUAAUGAUGCCCAUCUUGUUGUUAAAGAUUCCUCAGGCAACACCAUUGAGGCACAAUUCGUAAGCUUAGACAAUGUCACAAGGAACAUAAGAAAGUUCUACACACAAGCCUACUUGGGAAAACAACCUGAAGAAGCUCCCAAGUAUUGGCUUCAUUUUCAAGUGUCUGUGCCACCACUGGGUUGGAAUACUUACUUCAUUUCUAAAGGAGAUAACAAUGUGAAACGAAGACAUGAACUUGCCUCUGAGACGAAGAGUUCACAAGACGACACAAUUGAAAUCGGACCUGGAGAUUUGAAGAUGUCCUUUUCUUCUACUUCAGGACAACUGAAACGCAUGUACAAUUCUAAAACUGGGGUUGAUGUACCAAUACAACAGACAUAUCUCUGGUAUGGUUCAAGCACUGGUGAUGCAGAUUCUCAGGCUUCAGGGGCUUACAUUUUCCGGCCUAAUGGGUCCCCUCCGACCGUUGUUUCAAGAUCAGUUCCGCUAGAGGUCAUUCGCGGUGAUCUAGUAGAUGAAAUUCACCAAGAGUUUGAUUCAUGGAUCUACCAGGUCACAAGACUUUACAAGGACAAAGAGCAUGCUGAAAUUGAAUUCACAAUUGGUCCAAUCCCCACAGAUGAUAGUCUUGGCAAGGAGGUCAUCACGCGACUGACGGCGAAUAUGGCGACAGACAAAGUGUUUUACACUGACUCUAAUGGAAGAGAUUUUCUGAAAAGGGUUCGAGAUUAUAGAGAAGACUGGCCUCUUACGGUUACUCAGCCUGUAGCAGGCAACUAUUAUCCACUUAAUCUUGGAAUCUUCGCUGUGGAUAAAAAAUCUGAAUUAUCCGUACUGGUUGAUCGUGCCACUGGUGGAGCCAGCAUAGCAGAUGGACAAAUAGAACUAAUGUUGCACAGGCGCAUGAUUGCUGAUGACGGUAGAGGAGUGGGUGAAGCCCUUGAUGAGACGGUGUGUAUUGAAAGUACAUGUCAAGGCCUAACGGUACGAGGAAAUUAUUAUGUGAGCAUCAACCAGGCAGGGGCUGGGGCACAAUGGCGCCGAACGACAGGCCAAGAAAUUUACUCUCCUCUUCUUUUAGCUUUCACACAUGAGAAAUUUGAGGAUUGGAUAGCAUCUUAUACGACAACAUCAUCUAGCUUUGAACCAAAUUACAGCUUGCCUCUCAAUGUUGCUUUGAUCACUCUCCAGGUGUUGGAUGAUGGAAGUGUGUUACUUCGUUUGGCACAUCUAUAUGAGGCGGGUGAAGAUCCUGAAUACUCAACAUUGGCCAAAGUUGAACUAAAGAAGUUGUUUUCUAGCAAAACAAUAAAGGAGGUAAAGGAAAUGAGCUUAACAGCAAACCAAGAGAAGUCUAGGAUAAAAAGAAAGUCAUGGAAAGUGGAGGGAGAUAAAGGCAAAGUAGAACCAACCCCAGUCAAAGGAGGCCCUCUCAAUAACUCGACUCUUGUCGUUGAGCUUGGUCCCAUGGAAAUACGUACUUUCUUGUUGAAGUUUUAAGAAAAGGGGUUUAUUUGAUUAUAUUUUAUAAUCUUCUACCCUUUUUACAGAAUAAAUAAGCCUUUGGGAAUAAAUUUGUUAAAGUAUUCUCUCUUCUCAUUUGGCCUCUAUUUUGUCUAAUUCAAAGACUUUUGAUGUACUUUUUUCAAUUUUUUUAGGAGAACCAAAAUUC